AUAUUGCCCCUCUAUUGCUGCCUAGAUCCAACGACGAGCACAAAUCAAAAAUUCCAAGGUGGCCCACGCCGGUCCCGGACUCAAACCCCUUAUCCGGGCGUUGAGUCCCCCUGGUUUUGAUAUUUAUUUCGAGCCUGCGGCGACCUUGACUCUUCUUUCUCAUCGGCUUCACUUAACAGUUCCAGUUUUGGCCAGACUAAGACUUUUUGUUCAGUCACACCCCCACUCUUCGACAAAAGGCACAAUGCCUGAUAUCCACGAGGUCAGUUACUCGCGCGAAGCAACCAUUGCCGCUGUUCGCGAAUACUACCGCUUCCUCACUCGGAUGUACCUCAAAGAGUGCGACGUCGCCGAACCGCCCGAAGAGGGCUGGCCCGAAAUCGACACAGAGGCCCUCAGUGGAUUGGGGAAAACGGACGAAGUCAUCUCGCUGCUCCGCCAUCUUCCAUACAUUCAUUGGUCCGUUGACGACGAAACUGAGGGUGCUGCCAUGUGCCGGUUCGCCGACUGGCGGAGCAUGGCCCACUCAAUCGCUCUCGGUAAACUAUCCGUCGACGACGUGAGAGCGACAACCAACAGUUCGCUUCCCGACUCCAUAUCACCCCAUGUAGUCAGCAUCACCAGUGGCGGGCUCCGCAACCAGGAAUUUCUGCUCGACACUAGGCUCGGCAUAGUGUACUGGUACGAGUGCCACAGCGACAUCAGGCAAAAUCCCUCCAGAGAACCCAUCCUAGGCGACGCAUAUGACGACGCCCCGGAGGACGAGAUGGAUUGGCGUGUGGAUUCGGUUGCCUGGGCCAUCGCCGAUUUUUUUGAACUUCUCAAAGACCAGUUCCGGCAGCUGAACUCUGUUCCCAUUAGCCCGCGCAAGGUGUACUAUGCCAGUACCAUGGAAGGGAUGCCUAUGAUCCAGGCCAUUUAUCAAGCACACGGGUGGCCGAACCUCCAUCGCUAUCGCAAACAGGAUUGCCUCAAGGAGGUCCAGGACCUUCUCCAGGAGCGUUAUCCUUCUUACGCCGACCGCCGUCAUGACGAGUAAUACGGGGCUAUUUUCGAGGCUUUUCGGCUCCGUUUCACGGUUGGUUUGCAAAGUUUGCUUGCCUGGUCCGUAUCAUGAACUAUCUUGGUAGUCCCAGGGGCUGGAGAUAUUUCUUCUUGUGGCCAGGCCCCGGCCUUGGCUUCUCGAGGCUCUUGCAUUUGCCAAGGUGUUUGUGAACUCGUCCAUACUGUGUACAGAG